CUAAAGCAGUCAGAUAAAAUGAAGGCGCUACCAAAGAUUACCAUAUAUGAACAUGCAAAUUUUAAGGGAAAGUCUAAAACACUUACGGAGGGUCAUGUCAACUUGACAGAUGCAGGAUUAAACGACUGUAUAUCUAGUGUCAUCGUAGAUAGUGGAGUAUGGGUUUUGUAUCAGGACUGUAACUAUAAAGGAAGUAUAUGUGUGGUGAUGGAAGGAGACAGAAUGAACCUUGUGAGCUGUAAUAAAGAUGAAGACACCCUUUUUUAUAACUUCAAUGACACAGUUUCAUCAUUAAAGCCACUAGAUAUCGAUAUAACUGAGGAUCCAAAGUGUACUCUUUACGUUCAUGAUUUUAAAGGAAAUUCAUUAAUGUUGACAAAUGAUCUUCUAGACCUACGAACCAAAAAUAUGAACGAUACUGUUUCUUCUAUCAGGGUACACAAUGGAAUAUGGGUUGGAUAUGAAGAUGUUAAUUUUGGUGGUAAACAGACACUAUACCUACCAGGAGACCAUAUGAUGAAGGCCACAGAUGGAGAAUACAAGAAUGAUACACUAUCGUCAAUAAGAGCACUUAAAUCAAAGAAAAAGAAAAAGGAACCAAAGAUCACCUUGUAUGAACAUGCAAAUUUUAAGGGGAGAUCUAAAACAUUCACGGAGGCUCAUCCUGAUAUGGAAGAUGCAGGAUUCUUUGAUUGCGCAUCAAGUGUCAUUGUAGAAGGUGGCGUUUGGGUUUUGUACCAAUACCGUAGAUAUAGAGGACAUAUUUGUGUAGUAAUUGAAGGAGACAGGACAAAUCUGGUUGCUGGUAAAAGAGAUAAAGACACAAGGUUUCAAUGUUUCAACGAUACUGUAUCCUCAUUAAAGCCAUUAGAUUUCGAUUGCACGGAGGAACCAAAGUGUACAGUGUAUGAACAUGAUUUUUCAGGCCGUGCUUUACAGUUCACAGAAGACAUUUUGGACUUAAGAUGGUAUAAAAUGAACGACAAAGCAUCAUCUAUCAGAGUGCAUAGUGGAGCAUGGGUCGGAUUUGAAGGUGUCAAUUUUGAUGGGAAAAUGACACUGUAUCUACCAGGUGACCACAACUCUAGAGCUACAGAUGGAAUCUACAGAAAUGACACACUUUCGUCGCUCAGAGCACUCCAAAUAAAACCAUGCUUUCCAAUUAUUGUUGAUGGCAUUGAUUACCAUAUGGAUAGAGGAUCAUGUGAAGAAAAAAUGGUAGAUAUAUUUUCAUGGACGCAGAAAAACAACACCGAUGUCAAACAGAAACUAUCUGUUUCAAAAGAAAAAACUGUCACAACUGAAGACUCAUACGAGUUUCGCUGGGAAAAAGGAACUAAAGUAUCAGCUGAAGUUUCAAUUGAAACUUCCAUUCCUUUCACCUCCAUGAACACAUCUAUGAAAUUGGGUGCUGAAUCUUUCUACAACAUUGGAUCAAAUGAGAGAAAGAAAACAGGAAAAAAAGAAACCUGGACUGUUCAUUACCCUUCAGAAAUACCUUCGAAAUCUACGAUUACUUUGACAUCCUCCCUUAGAAAAGGCAAGAUGGAUGUACCAUACACUGCAAGUUUUCACCAAGGAGACAAAAAAUGGACAGAAAAGGGCACCUUCCAUGGAAUUAAUUACUUUGGAUUUCAGACAGAAUUUAAACAGACAUAAAUAUGAGACUCUUUUAAAGAAUUAGCGGAUAACAAUUCUUAAUGAGACUAAAAUGGUCAAAUCAGUAGCUUUACUCAUCUAAUAAUAACUAAUAAUUUUGUCUAACAAGUAGUGACCAUUCUCUGAUUAUAUCACUUUAUUUAGCACAUUAUGUAUCAAAUAACAUUAAUCCCGAACAUUUUAUAAUAAAUGCAUGCUAUAGUAUUAAUAAAUUUGCUGCAUUCGACCUGAACGCCUAUCAAAAGUAACGGUCACCACUUGACAUAUGUCUUCUGUUGUCUGGAAACUUUUAUAUGUAAAAAUAUAUAAUAAGUAACAAGUAGAGAUCACUUAUUGUCACAUUAUUACAUUUCAAAUCUUAUAACCCAUUCUUCUGUGAACACAUACUAAAACUAAUGAUUUACUUAUCUGUAAAUGACUUUAUUUAAAAAAUGAAUGGAAAUGCUUCUUUUGUAUAAAAAAAGAAAUAUGUUUAUUUUUUAUCACAAGUUUAACAACGAGUUUUACAAACAAAAAACGUCAACACUUACAGAGCAAAGUUCCUUUCGGACUUGAUAUUAAAUAAUUAGACACUAGUCAUCAAUUUGAAGCAUAUUCAUAGUAUGAUUUGCAUUCAUUAAUUCACAUUUUUGGCAAUUUUAGCAGUUUUACGUGUUAUUGUUCAAAUCAUUAAACGGUUUGUUUAAAUCAAAACAGUUUAUUUUACCACUAUGUAACACACCAACAUCUAAUCUACAGGAACCAAAAGGGUUGAUAACAAAAACAUAAACACUAUGGAUUAUCUAUGAGAAUUGCGUAUUGGAC